AUGAUGCCCCUCCAGCUCACUACCUUCUGCAUAACCAUCUAUGUGCUCAAGUCCUGGAGAGUAAUUAUGCAAAGCAGCUUAAUUUUUGCAGUGCUUGGCAGAGAGUGGGUGCAAGUCCUGAUGGACUUGAUUCUCACCUGCCUGGGAUUCUGUCUAUGGUGAGCAUCAGUGCUGUACAAUUUUCGCUCUUAUUGUAAGCUUAGCUAUGUAUUUCAGUACUUGUCAAUAACCUGGAAAUUUACUAAUACUCUUUGUUUCUGGUUAACCGGCUUUGGUGCUGUCUUCUAAUGUUUCAAAGUCUCUUCCUUUACCGGUCCCCUCUUCCUCUAGCUGAGGUGCAGAAUGCUGACGUUUAUUCUUUGGUUAUUGCUGCAUUCUUUGUUGAUUUUUUGUGUGUUGAUCAUCUUUUCAGCUAUUAGGAAUUAUCAGUUUUACUUAACCACCCUGGGGCAUUUCCUUACAAACAGCAUUAUGGUUAAGAGACCUAAGACAUUCCGUUUGUAUUUUACCACAUCUCACCAAAUGGUUGCAUUGGUUAUUCCUUUCCUCCUGUUCCUGGCCUCCACCAUCUUGCUCACGGUCUCACUACACCAUAGCACUGGUCACUGCAGCUCCAGCAUGAAAGCUCACACCACUGCCCUGAGGUCUUUUGCCAUCUUUCUCAUCCUCUUCACCUCUUACUUGCUGACCCUACUCCUCUCGAUUAUGAGCAUCUCAUUGGAUAAGAGGUCUUGGUUCUGGGCUUGGGAAGCUGUCAUUUGUGCUACAGUCUCUCCUCACUCUGCUUCACUAAUACUGAGCAUCCUUAAAUUGAAAAAGAUUUUAAAGAUAAGGAGCUGGAGCCUAGAGACUAGACUGCCUGAGGUGCAGGGCACAACAAGACCCUGGGUAAAUGGGAGAUUGCAUUGA